GAUAUAAAGCAGUGGAGGCAGACAGAGAGCUUCACAUGUUAGCAGCUUGUCAGCUUGUGGAGCUCUGAUCCCUUUCCAGAUGGUGGUUCAGGUCGAGUCUCGUAUCCGCUACAGCAGCAGCAGCAGCAGCAGGAGGAUGGAGGCACAUCAGCCCAAAGUGGAAGCCAAUAUUUUACUGCUUGGAGCAGAAAACGUGGGAAAAUCUGCACUAACGGUACGUUUCCUGACCAGAAGGUUUAUUGGAGAAUACGGCUCUAUAGAAUCCAUUUACACUCAUCACGAUAAGAUCGACGGCCGAGACAUCUGCUUCAACAUCUGGGACUCGAUUUGUCCACAGAACAUCGAAGAGUUGGGUCACAUCAGCGACAGGCAGCUGCAGUGGUCCGAUGGCUUCAUCCUGGUCUACAGCAUCUGCGACCGACCGAGCUUCGAGGUGGUGCGCCGUCAGGUCCAACACAUCCGCCAGGCGCAGCAGAAACUCUCCAGCUCCGCGCCGCUCAUCAUCGUGGGGAAUAAGCGUGACCUGCAGCACCGGCGUGCCGUCUCCAGCGAGGAAGGACGGCUCCUGGCGCUCUCGGCUGACUGCGACUUCUUCGAGAUCUCCGCGGCCGAAGCGUACCACGGCGUCCUCAUGGUGUUCCACGAACUGCUCGAGCUGAUCCGCGAAGCCAGGGCGCUCAAAAAGGGCGCGGCCGGUUUCAGGGGCAUCGUCAGGAGCAUGUCCGCCGUCUUCGGGAGGAAGAGGACCGAAUAGACAGAAUACUGUUCCUCCUGGAGAAAAAGGAAGAGGGAAGAAAUUUACUGCGUCCACAUUGGACUACGAUUAUCGCUUGUUCGGAAUCGGAUUUGAACGCUCCGUGAAUGUUCGAAUUCAGAGACUCGUGUUUGGCCAAUAACCUUCUGGAUUCUCCUCAAAUACAUCACAGAAUCAGAGAUAACUAUAAACGGAUAAAAAAACAAAACGACUCAUACACUUUCAUAUACACCUCCAUGUAUAUGAAAAAGCCUGUGGUGGUCAUUAGGAGGCGAUUUCUAUGCAAAACGGACCUGUGUGUGUGUGUGUGUGUGUGUGUGUGUGCGUGUGUGUGUGUGUGGGGGGGGGUUAGUGCGUGUUCUCAGUGCAUCAUGAUCUUUAUUAUCUACGAACAAAAAUGAGUCUCAGCUGUUAAACAACAAACUGAUGAUUAAACUGACACACAGAAUAGUGGUGUAAUCAGAAUCCUGAUCGCCCACAAACACACACACACACACACACACACACACACACACACACACACACACACCCCAUCAUUAGUAAAAGCUCAGGACCUGCCUUAAGUCAGAUGGACUCAUCUCAGACUAGCCCAAUGGAGCUGUGUGUGUGUGUGUGUGUGUGUGUGUGUGUGUGUGUGUAUAUAUUGUAAAUAGUACAGAGAUGUCUAUGCUUAUGAUUUUUUUAUAAUAAAA